AUGGUAGGGAUCUUAGGAAUUGGUGGAAUUGGCAAGACAACUCUAGCUAAAGCAAUUUGGAACUCAAUUGCUUUUCAAUUAGAAGCUAGCUGUUUUCUUGCAAAUGUUAGUGACACUUCCAAUCAAGCACACGGUUUGGUCCAAUUGCAGGAGAUCCUUCUUUCUAAGAUCUUUGGAGACUGUAGAAGUUUGAAGAUUGAUAAUAUUGAUACGGGAAUCAUUAUGAUAAUGCGCAUGCUUCAUUCUAAAAGAGUUCUUUUCAUUCUUGAUGGAAUAGACCACUUGACCCAAUUAGAAACAUUAGUAGGAGCUUGGGAUUGGUUUGGUAAAGGAAGUAGAAUCAUCAUCACAACAAGAGAUCAACACUUGUUGACUACUCAUAGAGUUGAUUCAACAUACAAGAUGACGAGAUUGAAUCACCAUGAUGCUUUUCAACUAUUUUGUUGCCAUGCUUUUAAAAAAGAGAAACUGAUUGAUGGUUAUGGAGAAUUUGUAGCACAGGUCAUAGAUCAUGCUGGGAGCCUUCCACUAGUUUUAGCUAUGCUUGAUUCAGAUUUAUAUAGUCGAAGUGAAAGUGAGUGGAUACACACAUUGGUUCAAUAUAGGAAAAUCCCUUACCAAGAUAUUCAAACAAUACUACAAACAAGUUACGAUAGAUUAAGUGAAAAUGAAAAGAAUACUUUUCUUGACAUUGCAUGUUUUUUCAUUGGAGAUUACGUUGAUGAUGUCAUUAAGAUGCUAGGUCGUUUCGGUUCUUGCCCAAACUUUUCGAUCCCAAGACUCAGGGAGAAGUGUCUUAUUUCGGAGUUUGACAGAAGAUUACAAAUGCAUGAAGUUGUUACGAAAUAUGGGUAG